UGCUAUGACAGCUGGGACCGGCUCCACCCAUUAGCUUCGACCAUGUGGCUGCUUGCACUCGGUUUGUUGUGUUAGUAGAAAAGGAGGCUGAGACAUUGUUGCGGAUGAUGCCUGGUGAGAAAAUCUACUUCAAUAAAUGGAACUUCGUGUGAUAGAGGACACUUGCUUCGAAGAUGAAUGGACUUAUUAACGCCUGAAAAGUUCAGUAAAUAUAUAUAUAUAUUUAAACGGUGCGGCAGGGAAGACGACAACCCGAGGAUGGGAAGGAGAGAAACCCACGACAGCAGCACCAUGACCACAAGCGAACGGACAGAGCUGGGAAGCCUUCAGGGCAUCGCGUACUCAGACGAUGGGUCGAGCCUGAAGAGGAGCGUGAGCGCAGACACGAGACUAGGAGCGGAUAAGACAAGCUCGCUCCAACCUGUACGAACGCUGUCAGUAGUGAAAAAGCACCAGCACAAACACAACCUCAAACACAGGUAUGAUGUUCUGGAAACCCUGGGCAAGGGGACCUACGGCAAGGUGAAGAAAGCGGUGGAGCGAGGGAGUGGAAAGACGGUGGCCAUCAAGUCCAUCCGAAAGGAACGUAUCACAGAUGACCUGGACAGAGUGCACAUCCAGAGAGAGAUUGAAAUCAUCUCAUCUCUCAAACACCCCAACAUCAUCCGCAUACAUGAGGUGUUUGAGAGCAAGGACAAGAUUGUGAUUGUGAUGGAUUACGCCAGUCAGGGAGAGCUGUACGACUAUGUCAACGAGAGACGGCGGCUCCCGGAGGCGGAGGCGCGGGACAUCUUCCGGCAGAUCACCUCCGCCGUGCACUACUGCCACAAGAAUGGCGUGGUCCAUCGAGACCUCAAAUUGGAGAACAUCCUACUGGACCAGGACUUCAACGUCAAGCUUGCAGACUUCGGACUGUCCAACUACUACCAGAGAGGCCAUUUGCUGCAGACUUAUUGUGGAAGCCCUCUGUAUGCAUCUCCAGAGAUAGUCAAGGGGCUGCCUUACCAGGGCCCGGAGGUAGACUGCUGGGCUCUGGGUGUGCUGCUCUACGCGCUGGUGUACGGGAGCAUGCCCUUUGAUGGGGCUGACUACAAGGCCCUGACACAACAGAUCAGCCGGGCCCAUUACAGACGGCCUCAACCCCCCUCAGACGCAUGUGCUCUGAUUGACUGGAUGCUGACGGUAAAGGUGGAGGAGCGAGCCACGGUGGAGGACAUCGCCAACCACUGGUGGGUGAACUGGGGCUUCGAGGAGCCGGUGUGCGACUGCCAGUGCAGUCAGGACUGCGCCUCCCCCCUGCUGGCCCGCUAUAUCGACUGGCAGAACCGGGCGCCGUGCGAACCCCGCUCCGCCAGCCCGCCCCCCGACCACCAGUACUGCUUCAGCCUCCCUCUGAAGCCAGCGGCGGCCAGGCACCGCGGCUCCGCCUGCCUGAAGAAGUCACGCAAAGAGAACGCCAUCUCACAGCCCGCCCACUGCGCCGGAGCGCCGCGCGCCCCCGCCGCCGCCGCGGACAAGAAGAAGCCCAAGGGCAUCCUGAAGACCCAGAGCAGCUUCGACGCCGCCUUCCUCCCCCACCGCGGCGCGGCAGAGGGCCUCUCUCAGGCAGCCGGCGGUUCGCUCACCCUUCCUGCCGGCUGCCAGCUGUCCUCCAAAAUGCCAAAGAAGGGCAUCCUGAAGAAGCUGUACGAGGGCGAGUCGGGGUACUCCUCCUCCCCGGAGCGCGCGGCCGACAGCAACGGGGGCAGCAACUGCUCCGCGAGGCCGUCCAGGGAGAAGGGCUCCACGUGCGCGGAGGUGGUGAGGAGGAGGAAGGGCAUUCUCAAGAGAAAUGGCAAGUUCUCUGCCAGUCUCGACCUCCCUGACGAGCAGGCUACCAUCCUCCAGUUCCCAGAAUCCCUGCAGCAACUCCUCCUGACCACUGGGGGCACUGUGACUUCAGCCCACCCACAUGAGGAGCUGCAACAGCAGGCAGAGCAGGGUGCUGUCGUGUCCAGCCGGCCAGCCAGUGUCAUCAGUGACGACAGCUUCCUCUCCUGUGACUCCUUUGACCUUCUGGACAUGGCCGCCCAUCCCCACAGAAAGCUCUUCUCUGGGGGUGGCCAGCGUAGUGUUUACAGCUCAGAGGAAGAACUGGAGGACCAGGGCAUGGGCAGGCAGAGGGGGAAGAGCAGGUGGGAGGAAGAGGAGGAGGAUUCACUACAGGAAAGACAGGAGGUCUUUCGACAGGCCAAAGAGAUCACUGAACAGUUAUAGUGGAAAAUCUUUUAAGAGUCAAUUAAUGUGUUGCAGUUUUGUACUGUCUUUUUGUGGAAGAUGGGGUGAUAUGGUUUAAAGAGGUAAAGCCUAAAGAUGGUCACGUCUUCGUUAAUAAUAUUUUAGGCGGUCAACGCACCUUGUUUCUGAAGCAAGUGAGUGCAAGGGAAUUUGCAGUUUUUUGAGUAAUACAGUUUUAAGGAAAUUAUUUUUUCAAAAGACUGUGAAGUCUUUUGCUACCUUAACACAAUGUACUAUAAAAUAAUGUCUUAAGGCAGUUUUACUUGCAGUAAUAACAUAUAUUUGUCUCCUUUGAAAGAUGAAUUGGGGAAUGAAUCAUUUUAAUUUGGUUUUUCAUCUUUACAGCUAUAGCUUUUUUGAUUCUGUCACUCCCAUCCAACAGUCAGGCGAAUUGAGAGUAAUGUAUAUCUGAAGGCCUUUUCAUUUUAAGCCUUUUCAUUAUGGAAUCCUCAGAGAUAGUAUGCAAAAUAAGUCUAGACUUUCUAUUCUUUACCUUGAAAGCUCUGCAUGCCUGAAUUCCAUCAGUGGAAGCUCUUAGAGCCUUGCACGGUGACACAGCAUUAGCUGUUGUGCAGGUCAGAGCCGUGUUAAAGGAGGAACACACCGUGUUAUACAUUUAUUUUCCUUUUCCUGGAAACCACAUGUUGGGAACUGUUCCUGAGUGCUGAACGUGGAGAAUAAGGAACUCUUUUCCACAGUCACUAAACUUCACCAUAGAUGUACUGUGAAAUCAGGGCCAGUCAGGAGGAAUAUUCAGUUAAAGCACUAGUCUAUUAGCACAGUGUUGCACUUUAGGGUCUAGAGAUGAACGGUGACCAUGCCAGUGCAAACUGACUGUGCCAGUACAAACAGUGCCCAGGAGCCCCACGGGACCGCCCCAGCUGGCCGGUAGGGUUUCCCUGGACUCAUCGCUGAAGAGCAGCCUCUCUGGUCAGUCAGGUGCCUGCAGUCUGCCAGCUGUGCGUGAAGUGUAAGUGUGCAACGCAAUGACCGCGCAGCUUAUCUUGUACACUGCAGAGUGGACAGUUUGCGUUCCACAGGAUGCGUUCCACAGGAGGAGGCUGCUGCAAUAAGACAAGCCUGAAAUACGACUGGGCAUUCAAAUUUGGGCAAAAAAUACGAAAUGCAUUUUUACUUAUUAAAGAAAUCUAAAACAAAAUAGCAAAAUAACCUCAAAAUAAUACUAUGAAGAAAGAAACUAGACGUUGCCUGUAAUGUCGAAGCACUGCCUUUGGUCACUGACCUGAUGGACUGAUGAUGGUCUAUUUCAAAACUCACCUGUUUUGCAAAGAUAAACUGAUCAUAUGAUAACAGACCAGUGGGUGGUGUGGCUUAAAGGAGCAGGCAGAAGAGAAACAGUACACUGUGUUUUAUCGAUGGGUCAGCCUCAUAUUUGACCUCAUAUAAAUUCGAAUGCUACUGUGGUAACUUACUGAACGUGUAACACGAGUAGAGGACAGUGGUAAUUGUACUAGUUUCAUGUACGUAUUUAUUUUUUUAUUGAAUACAGAAAUUGUUCUGUUCAAAGUUUUUGUUACUCAGUGAAAGAAAAUAAAAACAAAUGAAAGCA